AUCGGUGACCGUUUUUCUCUGCCUCAAAAGAAGAUAUCACCCGUUUCGAAAAACUCCCCUCUCGAAAAAACUCUGGCAGAGAAUCGACUCAAUCAUGGCCACCAAUGAGCCUACAUUGCCAAUACCCGGCGAACGAAAUAUCCUCAUCACUAGCGCUUUGCCCUACGUGAAUAAUGUUCCCCACCUUGGAAAUAUAAUCGGUAGUGUGCUCCCCGCAGAUGUGUUUGCUCGCUACAAUCGGGCGAGGGGGUUUCCGACGUUGUAUAUCUGCGGUUCUGAUGAAUACGGAACUGCCACCGAAACCAAAGCCCUUGAAGAAGGCGUAACUCCGGAAGAACUCUGCGCAAAAUACCAUGCUAUUCACAAGGGUAUCUACGACUGGUUCAAUAUCGAGUUUGAUAUCUUUGGCCGUACGCCUACCGCGCAUCAAACCAAGAUUGUGCAGGACGUGUUCCGCGGUCUGUGGGAGAAUGGAUAUAUUGAAGAGCGAGAGACUACCCAACCAUAUUGUCCCGUAGAGGGACACGCAAGUUUUUUGGCGGACCGAUUCGUUGAAGGUGAAUGCAGUAUUUGCGGUGAUCCUGGUGCUCGUGGAGAUCAAUGCGACAAAUGUGGUAAUUUGCUGGAUCCGUUGGAGCCGGAUGCAAAGGAAAGUGGUGAUGGAGAGGAACAAGAUGUCGAAGCAAGAGCGACAGGAUGGCUGAUCAACCCUCGCUGUAAGCUCGAUGGUGCCACACCGGAGAAACGCAAGACGAAACAUUUGUAUUUGCGUCUGGAUGCUCUCAAGGAUAAGAUUGUGCCUUGGUUUGAGAAAGUGAGCAAGGAGAAUGAUUGGAGUAUCAAUACUACUUCGAUUGUGCAAUCGUGGAUUGAUCGUGGGUUGAAGCCUCGUGCUAUUACUCGUGAUAUCAAGUGGGGUGUACCGAUUCCGAAGGGUAUCAAGGGUUUGGAUGAAGAGGCGUAUAAGAACAAGGUUUUCUAUGUGUGGUUCGACGCCUGUAUUGGUUACGUCUCUAUCACCGCCAAUUAUACCGAUGGGGAUAAUCUCGAGGGCAAGAAAUGGGAGCAGUGGUGGAAACACCCCGAGCUUGUGUCCUUGUACCAAUUCAUGGGCAAGGAUAACGUACCAUUCCACAGCAUCAUCUUCCCCGGUUCGCAACUCGGGUCUGGUAUGACGUGGACUCAAGUACACAAGAUCUCUGCCACAGAAUACCUCAACUACGAAGGUGGCAAAUUCAGCAAGUCCAAAGGUGUGGGAGUAUUUGGCACAAGCGCAAAAGAUACUGGUGUUGGUCCCGAUAUUUGGCGAUUCUACUUGUUAUCUCGACGGCCCGAGAGCAGCGACACGGAAUUCAAAUGGGACGAAUUCGUCAGCACCAACAACAACGAACUCCUCAAGAAUCUCGGAAACCUAGUCGCGCGCGUCACAAAAUUCUGUAUCGCCAAGAUGAAUGGCGUUGUCCCUGAAUAUUCCGCCGAAGCUGGUAAAGCAGUCCUCACCGAACACGAGAAUCAAGUCAAUACCCACCUAAAAUCCUAUAACACCUAUAUGGACGCCACUAAAAUGCGCCCCGCCCUCAACGAUAUCAUGCACAUCUCCUCCCUAGGCAACAAACUCCUUCAAGACAAUAAACUCGACAACCGCCUCUUCACCGAAGAACCCGACCGCUGCGCCGCGGUCAUCAACAUCGCCCUCAAUCACAUCCACCUCCUGGCCAGCAUUUUGUCACCAUUUAUGCCGCAAACUUCCAAAUCAAUCUUUGAGCAACUGGGAGCUGUGCCCGAGGCACGUAUCCCUGAGAAAUGGGUAACAGAUGCCCUGAAACCGGGCCACAAACUCGGCGAAUCUCAGCUAUUGUUUUCUAUGAUUCCGCCGACCAAGAUUGAGGAGUGGAGGGAGGCGUUUGGUGGUGAGGAAGUGAGGAGACAAAAGGCCUUGGAAGCUGAGAAGGCGGCUGCGAAGAAAUUGGCGAAGGAGAAGGAGAAGGAGAAGAAGAGGCUGAAGAAGGAGGCUGCUGCUGCCGCCAAAAAGGCUGAGGGUGAUGCUGCGACUGCGACUGCGACGCAGUUGGAGAAGAAGUUGACGCUUGAUGAUGGGCAGAAGAAUCCUUGAUUAUUUUUUUUUCCAAGUCACGUAGAGUGAAUUGUUUGGGUUAUUCCGUAACGAAGAAAUAGAUUGAAGACGUUAGUAUGUGUCAGGAAUCUGUUGCAUUAGCAUAGUACCUAUUCAGAAAUUUGAUGGAAGGAAUGACAUUGAUAGCUACGA